UGAUGCAUGUGUAUAAUAUGAGCCUUGGUCUAUUUGCAUUAAGAAUGGUGGCAUUCUUCUUGUAUGAUACUUCACUUGUGGCAAAGUCUAUAAAUAAAAUGGGCAGUACAAGCAAUGCAGAUGGUUAUACGACAACAGGUCCUCCUGAAGAAAUUGGUGUGAAAGGAUGGGAGAGCAUCCUGCUGGUGUUCAGCUGUGCAUUCAGAGGAAGCCUGGCAAGAUUCUACUUUUCAAAACUUUUUCAAGGUGUGUUACUUCCAAAAGUAUGUGACAAUGUGCCAGUGAAGGUGGGAGACAGGAUCUUAGGGGCCAGGGACCAGCAGGGAGGGCGCCAGCACACAGUACCUUGGCUAACCCCAGGGGAAGAAGACCGCCUACUUGCCAGCUCCCACCAUGGCUAUGAUCAGACUCAAAUCAGCUCAGACACUAACGAAGCCCAAACCAUAUUCAUCCCUCCAAAUCUAUGUGAAAGAGAGUUGGGAGAUAUGGUUGUUGUAACACAUGAUAAUACACAGCAGCGACACCUAUAUGGAUCACUGUCGGAACAUGGUGAUAAACUUCAAAAAAAUAUUCACUCAGAUACUAACAAACACCAACCUUUAUACAUUCCCCAAAACAAGCGUGUUUAUGUUGAUAUGGGUGUCCAAUAUAACUCAGAGAUUGCCAAUGGACAUGAUUCUGGUGAGGACAUUGCUGUUGGACAUGAUGGUGAUAAAGACAGUGCUACUGCACAUGGUUGUAAUAAAGACAUUGUUACAGGACAUGAUGAUGAGCUGUAGGCCUCCUACGAUCCUAAACAAGCAAAAGCAAGAAGUCACAUUUUCUAACUUUACUGUAUAAAAAACAUAAUGAUGUAGUUAUUUGUAUAUAUUAG